AUGGUAAGGACUAAACCAACUGCAAGCAAAGUAGUCGACGGACAACAUCCCAGAUUCCGGAAGGCGCUAGCAAGGCGGGCCGCCAGGAAGGUCCCUCCUCCAUUGAAGGUGUGUGUCAAAAAGCGACAGCGCUAUCGCCCAGGAACUGUGGCUCUCAGAGAAAUUCGAAGGUACCAGAAGUCAACCGAUCUCCUAAUCAGGAGACUGCCCUUUCAGCGUCUUGUUCGAGACAUAGCUUCUGAUAUUAGAAAAGACAUCAGGUUCCAAGGGUCUGCAAUGGAAGCUCUCCAGCAAGCGUCAGAAGCCCAUCUUGUGGACAUCUUCCAAUGA